AUGAGCGACGUCCAGGUCCCCACCGACAAGAAGUACAUCUCGUACAACAACGUGCACAAGCUGUGCCAGGAGGCAGCCGAGAAGAUCAAGGAGUUCAAGCCCGAUCUGAUGAUUGCCAUCGGUGGAGGAGGAUUCAUCCCCGCCCGAAUCCUGCGAACCCACAUUCGAGUGCCCGGCUCAAAGAACAUCCCCAUCCAGGCCAUUGGUCUGUCUCUGUACGAGGAGCUUGGCACCGGCCAGCUCGAGGAGCAGAUUGGAGUCGAGGUGGUCCGAACCCAGUGGCUCGACUUCUCCACUCUGGAGAAGCACUCCGGAGACCUGAUCGGCAAGAACAUUCUCAUUGUCGACGAGGUGGACGACACCCGAACCACCCUGCACUACGCCGUCUCCGAGCUGGAGAAGGAUAUUGCUGCCCAGGCCAAGAAGCUGGGCCGAGAGGACGAGAAGACCACUCUCCACGUUUUCGUUCUGCACAACAAGGACAAGCCCAAGAAGGCUGAGCUCCCCAAGGACAUGAUGGACUCUGGCCGAUACAUUGCUGCCCGAACCACCCCCGAUGAGUGGAUCGCCUACCCUUGGGAGGCUCGGGAUAUCGAGGAGCACACCAAGUUCGCCAAGCUGCAGAACAACGAUUAG